AUGCGUGGGUUGAAAGGCGAACUAAGUGGUGUGUCGGGAAGUGAGUUGUUGUCGAUUUUGUUGGCCUCAGAUGGGAGCAAGCCGGAGUUGGACAAUUGUGUGGCGCAGGUGGCCGCGAUAGAGAUAGGCGAUAGCAGCGUGAUGGCUGUGGCGUUGGCGCCGAGGGAUGUGUUUGAGACUGACGGCAAGCCGGCGUCAGUUUCAGGCUUGUUCCACGCCUGCUGGAGCCGGAUGAUGGUAUGGCGACCGGAGGGGGCGAAGAACAACGGGCGCGCUGAGGCGACACUGCUGCGUGGGUUAGUGCGGGACUUUGUGUUUUUGGAUCGUCCGCCGGAGGCGAUUGCGGCACUGUGCGGCGAGAUCUUUGGCGACCAGGAGCACGAGUUGAUGGGUCUCAUAUCCGAGUGCCAGGAGACGGGCGAGAAGGUCACCCACAACGAAAUCUACGGCUGCGUCACAAGCCGGCCGAUGCAUGCUUCCGAAUUCCAGGAGAUCUCGGCGCUGGUGCCCGAAGACUGGAGACCGGUGCUGGAACGAAGGGCGAACUGGGAAUCUCCGGAGUGGCGGGACCUCGAGAACGCGCGCAUGGGCCCCGUCCCAAGUCGAGAAUGA